AAAAAUGUUAAGAAUGGUUACCGUAUUAACCUCAACUUAGUUUUCGUGUAUUAUUUUAGAAUAGUACACAUGACGAAUCAGUGCUAAAUGUUUUAUUAAUAGCAAUUUUAUUGUUUGGGACUUCCUGGUAACAUUAGAAAAUUUUGAGAAAAUUUCGAAAAAGCUUUAUUGUGGAACAGGCAUUCCUGGAUUAUAAAAACUAUGUAGUAGGGAAUGUGAUGAAGUCCGGGGAAAUGUUGGGCUAAGAAUCAUUAAAAAUAGAAAUUAGACCCUUAUUGCAACUGAUGUGCAAAUUUAUCAUCUUGUGUGAAUACAGCCAAGUGUAUAAUUUGUUGGACAAUUUGAGGCACAGUGAGAUUUAAAAGGACAGUAAAUCUUAAAUAGAUAUAUAGUUUCCAAGGAAUUCAUGACUUUUGAUAGUCUCCAACUAUGCUUGGUGAGGAAGAAUUUAUUUUAAAACAGAUUGAUGAAGUUUUUGAGAAGAUUGUAAUACUAUCUAAAGACUCUGUUAAUUCAGUUAUAAAGAAAAUCAUUGACAACCUAAUAGAACUAAGAGUUCUACAUCCUUCUAUUGAAUAUUUUGGUGACAAAGUGCAGCAGUCAUUCAGCCUUCUUAAUUGCAAGUCGGAUGUAAGACAACGUCUUGCACGUGAUGGUUCAUCGCCUGUGUUUGAAAAUGCUGAAGAAGCAAAUGAAUUGAAUGUUGUUAUUCAGAAGGAAGGAAGUGAAGAUAAAGCAUCCAGUUGCCAUAUCGCAAAGAAGCAUGAAAUAACUUCACCCAGUUUCUUUAAUGGUUUGUCAGGAAAAAUGGUUUCAGGUGUGAAGUGUGAUCAAAAUGUGGAACACUCUGACAAAACUCCCUCUGCUGGAGCUCAGCUAGACCUUCAGUUUGAUGAGUUAGAUUUUUUGGGGAUUUCAAAACCUGUUGUCCUUAGAGAAUGUGACUCUGGCAGUGUGACAAACACUGUUCCUAAAAAGGUUGCAGUAUGGAAAGGUAAUUUGUCGGGCCGAAGACAGUCUGGCAGGCGUAAAAAGCAGAAGUUUCACUGUGACACUUGUAACUACUUGACGUAUAGCAAAUUGAUCUUGGAAAAGCAUGUCCGCAAACAUCUUGUGAAAACUGAGUGCUACAAGUGUACGAUAUGUGAUAAAAAGUUCCGUAUUUCUGCAUGUUUGAAAAUCCAUAUGAAGAGGCACACUAAUCAGAGAGAUUUUCCAUGUGAUAUUUGUGAGUAUAAGGCAUUUACCAAAACUGAGAUAAAGCUUCACAUGACAGUGCAUUCUGGAGAGAAGAAUAGUGUGUGUCACAUCUGUGGAAAAGCUUUCACGAAAGAAAGUUCUCUUAGGAAGCAUGUUCGAAGCAUUCAUGAGCGCAGCACCAAGGAACACUGCCCACAGUGUGAUUUUACAACCUACUACGCCAGUAGUCUGAAGGCUCAUGUUAAACUCUGUCAUGAAGGAGAACUACGUAAUUGUGUAUGUCCAGUAUGUGGACUAAAUGUGAAAGUGCGCUCUUCAUUUAUAGAACACAUGCGAUCACAUACUGGAGACAAGCCUUUUAGCUGUGAUGAGUGUAAGAGCUCUUUCGCAUGUGCUGGUCGCCUCAAACAACACAGAUUGUCCGUCCAUGAACCACGCAGAUUUCACUGUCCGCACUGCCCCAAAGUGUUUCAAACGAAGCAUCACAUGUUGCGGCAUGAGACAAUACACACAAAUGAAAAACCCUUUCAAUGCCCAUUGUGUUCAUAUGCAUGCAACACUCAAGGAAACCUCACGAAGCAUGUACGACUCACCCAUCACAGAAAAGAAUUCUCACUUCGCAAAAAGAAGACUGAUAUCAAAGAAGAAUGGGUUGAUGAGGGCCAGAAGGUAACGGAGGAGUAUCUUAAAUUUCUCUCAGAAAAACUGGGACGAGAUAUCACAGUUGAAGAGUUGCGGGUGAAAGAAAGUGAGAAAGCUAAAUGUCGUCUAGAGAAAAUGAAGAAAGCCAAACUGCGACAUUCCAAACGAACAGAUAUUCAUGAACAUUCCUACUUUUCCAGUAAACAGUCACCAUCAGUGAAUGGCGAUUGUGUGGCUACAAAUGAAACAGAUGCAUCAGCAUUGCCUACCUCUGCAACAACCUCUACCUUAUUAGUUCAACUGCCCAAUGGUGGUUUCAGUGAUGGCACUUUGAGUGAAACUAACCCUCAAUUCCCUUCUGGGCAGUUAUUCCAAGUUUUGCAAACUGUUGAUGGUGGUGCAUCUUUGUCGAACACUCAGUUCAUCCAAGUAGAAUCUGCUGAUGGUUUUUCACAAAAUCAUGUGUUAACACACGACUUGUGCUCUUUAAUAUCAACAGGUGCAAAUAAUAAUGGCAUUGUUGCAGAUCAGGAAGUGUAUCAGUUAGUAUCUGGUGAUCAGUUGCACUUGUGUGUGAAUGGAUAUGGUCGCUUAGAAGAGAACUCAGAGGAAAUGGGUGUGCAGAUUCAUCUUGGAGAAAAAUGUGCAGAUGGAAAUAAAGAGAAUAUGAACAUUUUAAGUCAAGAUGUCAUGGAAUCUAUGUCAUAUUUCAAUGUGGAAAGAAGUAAGACAGAUAGUGAAAAUACUGUCCUUGUCAUAAUAAAUACAGACAGUGCAACAGCUGAGUCAUAACAUUAGACUUUUUUUACUGAAUAACUCAAAACAUUUUUCAUUUUAUGUAAUCAAUGCAAGCUUAAAAGUGAAUCAUUUGUAAUAAAUAGUACUAAACACAUAUCAGUAGAUAAUAUGGAUCAUUUAAAAUGUUUUCUUUGAUGUUUUUUUUUUAAAUAUGGUAUAUGAAAUUUCUUUUUAAUAUGUAAACAAUUAAAUAUUACUUUUAUU